AUGACGUCCUUGUCCAAGGACUCACGUAUCAACAUAGUCGGAGCAGGUGUAUUCGGUCUUUCGACAGCACUGCAUCUCGAGCGUCGCGGAUACUCGAAUGUCACUGUUUUCGACAAGCAACCUUAUGACGUUUCUCUGUAUUCAUACCUGCAUGGCGCUGAUGCAGCGUCUGCUGACAUGAACAAAAUCGUACGUUCGGCAUACGGGACGCAAGUCGAAUAUCAGGAACUCACCUUCGAAGCAAUCGACGAAUGGAAGCUAUGGAAUGACGAGCUUGCAAACGGGAAGAAUCUCCCACCGGGGCUUACCAAAGACGACAGGGUAUUUUACCCCUGUGGGAACUUGAGCAUGACGGACGGUAACACUCUCCCGCAAUUCGAACUAGCAACAAUUAAGAGCAUGGAAGAAUGCGGACAUCCAAACACUCAGCUCGUCACCACCGUUCCUGAGCAUGUGCGGAUCGCCGAAAAUAAAGGUCUCGGGUUCGCUCUAGAUCCCUUUCUAAGGAAACAAAAGGGAAUGCACAACGUUGGAGUCCUUGACUCCACCGGAGGAAUGGCAGUUGCAGACAAAGCAUGUCGACUUGCGCUCCACAAAGCCAAGGAGUCUGGAGUUCAAUUCAUUCUCGAUCCCACAGCUGGAGCUUUUGCAUCUUUCAUGACCUCUCUAAAUGGAAAAACAAACGGAAUCGUUACCAAAGACAACAAACGCCACCCUGCAGAUCUUACUAUUAUGGCCUGCGGAGGCUGGACGCCAUCUAUUCUUCCUCAACUCGAUGGCCUAUGCGAGGCAACGGCCGGAUCUGUAAUCAUGUACAAGAUACCUCGUACAUCGUCAUUGUGGGAUCGAACGUCACCUGAGAAUUUUCCAACAUGGCUCUGGAGGGUGCGAGAUGGUGCUGAAGGGGGUCUCUAUGGCUUUCCUAGGAACGAACAAGGAUAUCUCAAGAUCGGAUACCGAGGAACCAAGUACACCAAUCCGCAAACGCAGGACGACGGAAAAGAGAGGAGUGUGCCAGUGACCCGGUGGACAACAGAUGCACAACUCACGCAGAUUCCUAGUACCGCAAUGCGUGUUUUGAGACGCUUCACAGAUGAUCACCUUCCAGAACUUUGCGAGGAGGGCAUCGACAUCGCCCUCACUCGCGUUUGUUGGUACACCGAUACCUUCGACAAUCACUUCAUCAUCGAUCACGUGCCUGGGGAGAAAGGUUUGUUCGUAGCAACAGGAGGUAGUGGUCAUGCAUUCAAAUAUCUUCCAAACAUCGGAAAUUGGGUUGUUGACGUGUUAGAAGGCGUUGGGCUAGACAGGCCUGCUAUCAAAGCGUGGAGAUGGCGAGUUGCGACCGACGGAAAGCCGGUCAAUAUACUAAUGGAGGGCUCAAAUGGUUCAAGAGCUCUUCAAAAUGUCAUCAUGACCACUAGUAGCGAUUUAAAAACGCACAUCCCUGCGAAACUCUAG